GGCAGAGUUGGAAAAGAGUGUUGACCACCGAAGCGGGCACAAGGUCGCUAAGUACAGGAGCUGCUCCCGAGUUGUUGAGAUCUGAUUGAGGAGAACGAGCAACAUCCAGGACAGGGUUUUGAAGAUGGCCUACUUGCUCAUUUUUGUCACCCUGCUGCAUCUCAUCACACUAGCAAUGCUAUUCAUUGCAACCAUGGAAAAGUCCUGGUGGGUGUGGGAUUCCACAGAAACAUCAGACCUUUGGUACAACUGUAGGUUGGACAACGCCACAGGAACUCAGCUGUGUGCAACCAUCGAAGAAACAGAAUGGCUUCAGGCUGUACAGGUCCUCAUGGUCAUCUCAGUCGUCUUUUCCUCAGUCUCCUUGUUGGUCUUCUUAGGCCAGCUAUUCACUAUGUCAAAGGGCGGACUCUUCUACUUCACAGGACUGUGUCAAGUCUUUGCAGGUCUGACAGUCUUUUCUGCUGCGCUAAUCUACACGCUUCACAAUAAGGAAAUCCUGCUGGACUCAAAAAAUCUGACUUCGGGAAAAUUUGGCUACUGCUUUAUCUUGGCAUGGGUGUGUGUCCCUUUGUUGUUGUGUAGUGGGAUUAUGUAUAUCCACCUGCGUAAGAAAGAAUGACCAGGCAAAGAAAAUCUAGAUCAGCAGCUUUAGGUUUCAUAAAACAGACUGAUUUUGGGGAAUGCUACUUUUAAAAAAAGCAAAAUGUAUAACAUAACCUAAGCUAAUGUGAUAGUUUUAUCUGUUUAUGUGUAUUUGACAGAACCAUUUAUCCUAAUCAGUGAGUUCUAGGUUAGUAAGUCUCAUUUAUAAAUAGAACAUUAUGUUUUUUGUGUAACAGUUUUCUCUCAAACCUUGUAUGUAUUUCGAUGCAUCUUCUAAUAAAUAUCGCAAAAAGAC